AUGUCUCUACGCAGGUCUAAUAGGGUUGCAUCUAUUGUCGUUCCUGCUGCUGCAGCCCUACCAGCUGUGUCGAUCAACGGGUCGAAGAAGCGUCCCGCAAACGGCCAGGCAGAGGUAACGAAUGCCAAAAAGUCAAAGCUGGAAAGGCAACAGAGCCUCACGAAUGGAGAUAAUGACGAGCCAGAGUUCAAAGUGCCAGUGACGCCACGGAAGAAUUCUCGAAGCAAUGGCACAAAGCUGUCCCAAAAACCACCGUUGACCCCAACGCCAAGUUUGGUCAAUGUUAUUCGGGCUCCUUAUAGCACAGGCGAUAUCAAUGGUUCCUCGCCGCCGCCGGAUCGCCCUGUUGAACCACAUGUAACGAAUGCCACCUUGGUCACGCCGGGGGGUACUCAAAAGGUCGCAUACCCUAAUGGUCUUCCGGAGUCUUCACCAUCAAAAACAGGACUACCUCGCCCGACAGCUACUACCAACACAAUCCUAGAGCAAGCAUGCAACCACCUCAUCAGCGUCGAUCCGCGCCUCAAGGUGUUGAUAGAGACGCACCCCUGCCACAUAUUCUCUGCUCGAGGUCUUGCGGAACAAAUCGAUCCCUUCCGGUCCUUGACGAGUGGGAUCAUAGGUCAGCAGGUAUCCGGUGCGGCUGCUAAGUCGAUCAAGAAUAAAUUCGUCGCUUUGUUCAACGAGGAAGGCUCAGACGGGGCGCACUUUCCAACACCGGCUCAGGUCGCUGCUACUGACAUCGCGCGACUGCGACUUGCAGGUCUUUCUCAGCGAAAGGCAGAAUAUAUCCAGGGUUUGGCAGAGAAGUUUGCUACGGGUGAACUGACGACUGACAUGCUUAUGAGAGCUACGGAUGAGGAAGUCAUGGAGAAGUUGAUCGCCGUUCGCGGGCUGGGAAAGUGGAGCGUCGAGAUGUUCGCCUGCUUUGGUCUGAAGCGAUUGGACAUUCUCUCCACGGGCGACCUGGGUGUGCAGCGCGGCAUGGCGUCUUUCUAUGGCAAAGACGUCAAGAAACUCAAAGCCAAGGGAGGUGGGAAGUGGAAAUACAUGUCGGAGCAGGACAUGCUGGACAAGUCUGCGCCGUUCGCUCCAUAUCGAAGCUUGUUCAUGUGGUACAUGUGGAGGGUGGAAGAUGUCGACGUCGAUGUCAUGCAGAGCGCCGUGUAA